CAUCCUCCGUUUCUUCUUCUUCUUCUCCUCCUCCUCAUCCUACCCGUCGAAGGAAGAGGCCAGUAUCAGAGGUUGAUGGUAUCAGUGAAACAGCUAUUGCACGACGAUUGGGUAGGAGGUUAAGGAGUAUGACACAACUAUUAAGGGAGGAUACACCACAGGCUAGUGCUAUCCUUACUACUGGUCUAUCUACUAUUACUAGUAGGAGUAAGCAACAGCACCAGUCUAAUAAGAAUGAGGAACAACAACAACAUACUACCAAUAUUGGAGAUAUUAUAAAGAGUGCGGGGGCUACUACAUUGGAUGAGGUUGUUGAUGAUAAUAGUGAUGAUGAGAAUGAUGAUGAUGGAGAUAUGGCUGGUUUAUUACCUUAUAUUGAUAAUAAUAUAGGGUCUAGUACACAGGUAGAUCGUAGUCGUGGUAAUACUACUACCUCAAACCUCCCACAAUUACGAUUUGAUGAGAGUGGUAAUAUAGUAUUGGUUGAUGAUGAAGGAGCUGGUAAUAGAGGACAAGAGGAUAAUACUAAUAAUACUAUAGGGGAUAAUAGUCUAAGACUAAUGCAUACUAGGGAUGAAUCUGGACAGAAUAACUAUAAGUAUGCUUAUAAGAAGUCUAUAGGGGGUAAAUGGUCCAAGGAUGAUACUAACCUCUUCUAUAAAGGGAUUGAAAUGUAUGGUCCUGAUCUAAUGCUUAUAUCAACAGUGUUUGGUUCUACAAAGACUCCUGCACAAUUACGUCAAAAGUUGAAGGUAGAAGGUAAAAGGAAUCCUAAUAGGCUUAACAAGGCCCUAGAGUCUAGGAAGACCAUAAGCUUGCAAGAGUUUGAGAAGGCACAUGGUCCAAUAGAUGGUAUUGAUGAUGAUAAUGGAGGAGGAAGAGGAAGAGGAGGGGUUGCUGGAUUUGAUUACCAAGCUGAUCUUGUUCGGAUACUUGAUGGUAUCGAUUGAAUAGGAUGUUGUUGUCGCUGUCGUCUAUUAUAAGACCAUUAUUAUCAUGGAAAGGGGUGGAGGAGGAGGAGGACCCUUCAACAAUACCAAUAACCAGCAACAGGGUAUAAUAACGUUUUAGU